GCCGAUGUAAUUUGGUUGCCCCUGGCAGGACGAGACGUGAUGAUAGGAAGAGUCUCAUCAGCUCGACGUUAACUGUAUGAUGUAUCACCGUCUGGGUUCGGUAGUCUACAUAUGGUUGGGAAGCAAUUCAUAGACGGAGAAGAGAAGACGUACGACUUCAUUUCAUAACGAAUCAUGCUCAUCAUGGAAGGGGCUUACAGUGCGAGAACUCGACUAGAAAGCAUGGAAGUGGAACUGGGUUUCCUUGUUGUGGAAUGAGAUGUACUAGCCUACUGGGUACUACCAGUCACCAAAGCGACGUCGUUUUAGCGCUCAGCAGUAGCACUUGGUUUUGACAGGGUCACAGGGCGGAUGGCAGGGCAAAUGGAUUCUAUAUUGCUACUGUCCUGUGCAGAGUGACAGAGGAUCCUUGUUCCUCCGAGAGACCCCUGCAAAAGCAGUGCGGAGUGCAAGGUUUGCUAUUGUACAUAAUCAUGCUGUAGAUCUCCAUCAACGAAACUUCCAGCCCUACGGUCCAUAGUCUGGCUCCGGAAAAACGCUGUUUCUCCUUCUCCCGGGACCAGGAACUGCGAUUGCAACCUUCUUCCAUUUUAGGUCUUAGAAUUGACGUUCCAAGUCUUAACCGAGAGGUUCCGAACGCUCGACAACUAAUUGAAAAAUGUCGGCCGUGUCUUUUUCUUCUUCCCCGGCAACUUGCUCAGAAUCUUCAAUCUCUAGACCAAAACAUGCUUGCUCCGAUGGUCUCAGAAUCACCGUCCGUAGCUGUCCGGCUGCAGCAAGCUACUUUCGUGGUCGUGUUAGACUAAAUGGUGGAGAGACGAACGUCUGCCGAGCAUUUCAUGGUUUGAAAUUAUGGCUUGAGAGGUUGAAUUUUAAUCUACAGAGUGAAAAAUGUCGACUAGCUAAGGAGUCUAAGAGAUCGAGAAGUCAAAAUAGAAGUCGGCUGACGAAUAAUCUGGAAACAGGUUUAUCAAAUGAAAAUAGGCCAACUUCCGCUUCGUGCUCAAACCUUGAUGUUUCUGAUGAUAGGGUCACGUCUAAUGAAUCUCCACCUUCGCCACAUACAAGUUCCCCCAGUACUCCCACUGAUGAUAGUAGAGCACCCUUACUUUGCAUUGCUGUUAUAGGAGCUACUGGUGAGCUAGCAAAGGGGAAAAUUUUUCCUGCAUUAUUUGCUCUGUACUAUAGUGGCUUCCUUCCUGAGAAUGUUGCUAUCUUCGGAUACUCAAGGAAGAACAUGACUGACAAAGACCUACAAUCCAUUAUAGCUUCGACACUAACAUGUCGGGUUGAUCAUCAAGAGAAUUGUGGGGAUAAAAUGGAUGCUUUCCUCAGUAGAACAUACUACAUCAAUGGAGCUUUUGACAACAAACAUGGGAUGUCCAAGUUGGAUGCUCGUAUGACGCAGAUUGAGGAGGGAAGCAAAGCAAACAGGAUCUUUUACCUUUCUGUGCCACAGGAAGCACUUCUGGAUGUUGCAUCGUGUCUUGCUAGCUGUGCUCAGACCCAGAAGGGCUGGAAUCGUGUUAUAAUUGAAAAACCAUUUGGAUUCGAUGAACUCUCUUCUCAUAGGCUGACACAAUCUCUACUUUCCAAGUUUCAGGAAAAGCAAUUAUACAGGAUUGAUCAUCUUUUAGGGAGGAAUCUUAUUGAAAACCUCACGGUGCUAAGGUUUUCAAAUCUAGUCUUUGAGCCAUUGUGGAGCCGUGCGUAUAUACAUAAUGUGCAGGUCAUUUUAUCAGAGGAUUUGACCACGCAGCCUGGAAGGUAUUUUGGAAAUUAUGGGAUUAUUCGUGACAUUGUUCACAGUCAUGUACUUCAAACAAUAGCAUUGCUUGCCAUGGAACCACCUGUAAGCCUUGACGGAGAAGAUAUUCGAAAUGAAAAGGUCAAGGUUUUGAGAUCUAUUCGCAAAUUAGAACCAAAAGAUGUCAUCCUUGGGCAGUAUAAAGCUAGUAGUGAAAACCAUGUCGAUGUAUCCUUUAAUCGUCUGACACCUACAUAUUUUGCUGCUGCAUUUUACAUUGACAAUGCACGAUGGGAUGGUGUGCCAUUUUUGGUCAAAACGGGCUUAGGACUCAUCAAACAUCAAAUGGAGAUACGAAUCCAGUUUCAUCAUGUCCCAGGGAAUAUUUACCACGGGUGCGUCGGGCACAACAUUGAGCGUGCCACAAAUGAACUAAUUCUUCGUGAUGUGCCAGACGAAGCAAUCCUGGUUAGAGUUAACAACAAGAUUCCUGGAUUGGGGUUGAAACUGGACUCUUCCGAAUUGAAUUUGCUUUACAAGGACAAGUAUAAAUCAAUGGAGGUACCUGACAGAUACGAGCAUCUUCUGCUAGAUGUGAUUGAUGGGGAUAACCAUGUAUUUAUGAGAAGCGAUGAAGUGGACGCCGCGUGGAACAUUCUGAGUAAGAUUUUGAAUGAGAUAGACAGAGAAAAUAUACCAGUGGAGUUGUACGAGGUCGGUGGUCGUGGUCCAGUUGGAGCAUACUACCUGUGGGCAAACCAUGGUGUGCCAUGGCCAGGGGAAUAGCAUGUUGAUUUCGUACCUAUUUUUUUACUGCAAACCCCUGUUUUUUUGUCUUUAGUUGUAUAACUUGGACUACAGCAAAUAAAUGAGAUUAAAAAAGCUAAACCAAAUAA